GCGGGGCCGUGGGUUAAAUCGCUCUCUUCACACCCAACACCACCGGCGGCGGCGCUCGUGCCGAACUCGAAUCGUCAUUCUCUCUCUCUCGGGCGUUUCUCGAUGUGUGGUGACAUUGCGAUGGUUGGCGGUAAGAAGCGUCGCCUCGGCUGGGCGUGUGCCGCGCUGGGAGAUCGGGGCUGUCACUGCUGCUGUCACUGUCGCUGCUGUCAUCGUCGUCGUCGUGGUGGUAGUGGUUGUUCUUGCCGUUUUAUUUUGAUUCCGUGUUUUGCAGGAAUGUGCGGGGGACGGCGUCGCACGCGCACAUGGGGCGGCACGCGUGUUCACGCGGCGCGUUGCGUUGCACGCCGCCGCUGUUGCUGACGGCAGGCGCGUUCAUGUUCUCUUGUUAACAUUUAAUCAUAUUCUCUUGUUAAGAUUUAAUGAGAGAGGCGAGCCCGGGCCGCUUGCUUGCGCCGCUUAAAGGGCGUCCCGACGUCACGCGCGGAAUCCGUCGGUGCGUUUGCAUAUCCACGCGCGGUGAAAAUUUUAGGUGAGGAGGGAAAACAAAAAGGAUCGGUAAACGAGGACGUGGUGGACGGGGCUGUGUGUGUGUGUGUACCGUGCUUUAACAUUAUAAAUACCGUUUUCCCUCCCUAUACACAACACACACGCACGCGCGCCGCACGCCGUUAGGUCAAUCAAUGUACUUGGGAUUUUUUUCUUUAAAUCGCGUGGCGCGCCAAUCUGUGAAGCCAUGAUUAUGGUGACGAUUGGAAGUACCUGAGUUGUCACUGCGAUACCGAAAUUCAGAAUCGAUGCUUUUGGUUGGUGGAUAUCGCUCUUAAUUGCUCUGGGCGAGAGCUCUUGUCACCCACCCCUGCCGCUGCCCCUCCGGUGGAGGAGGAGGAGGAAGGGGGGUGGUGGUGGUGGUGGUUUGAGAACACGCGGCGUCGACAGCGUGGUCGGCGGUCGAAAGCCGGCUCCGGUUGCGGCGGAGACAGGGAGAAUCUCGCUGGCCAUGCCGCCUGGCUAAUUGUGCCGACAACAUGGUGUGUGUGUGCGCGCAUUGUGCGGAAUGUACAGCAGAGGCGGCGCGCGCACAUGCGUUCGGAAUAAGAAGUGAGCUUUUGCACGCCGAGCUCCCUGAAAUUCACCCACAGGUUUUGCACCCACGCGUAUGUGAACAGCGGCAGUGACGGUGUUGGUGACGUGUGUUUUUGUGUGUUAAGUUAUUCCUAGUUUUAAAAAAUAUAUAUCAUUAAUCCUCAUCGUGUGUUGCGUGCUGUCGUUUUUUUAAAGGAUUUUUUUUCUCCAUUAAAGCGGAGAAAUGGCGUCAGAACUUGAAAGCAGUUUGACAUCUAUGGACUGGCUUCCACAGAUAGCAUUACAAACAGCUGCUGCAGCCGCCGCCGCGUCCAAGCAUUCCGCUUCGGCCUCCGGCGCCGGCUCUGGCUCGGAUUCGAGCUCGGGUACGCUUCGGAGAACGCCCGGCUCCCCGGCAGGCGCGGCUCGCUCCUCGUCCGAGCCCGACGAGAGCCCGCAGGCUUGCAGCACCGGCAGCAAGGACGGCAAGCCGCCCUACAGUUACGCCAACCUCAUCACCUUUGCCAUCAACAGCUCCGCUCGCAAGCGGAUGACGCUCAGCGAGAUCUACCAGUGGAUCUGCGACAACUUCCCCUACUACAAGGAGGCUGGCAUCGGCUGGAAGAACUCAAUCCGUCAUAACCUAUCUCUGAACAAGUGCUUCAUCAAAGUGCCUCGCUCAAGAGAUGACCCUGGAAAGGGAUCCUACUGGGCGAUCGACCAGAAUCCUUCGGAUGAAAAUUCAUCGACCAGACCCAAAAAGCGGCCACGGUCAAAUGACAGGGUAAAGGAUCUGUGCGUGCAUGCGCGCACAUCGUCUCGCCAGGUUCCGCUGACAUCCCCCAACCAGGAGGCAGAUGCGCAGCAGGCGGGCGGUGCGCAGACCAACCCGCAGCUUUACACCAUGCCUAGCCCCCAGGCGCAGAUGCCCUACAGCAGCCCCAACACAACGGCCGGCGGCAGCAGCAGCAGUAGCAGCGGCGGCACGCAUGGACAGUUCAAGAUCGCCAAGACGCAGACCAGCACACAGAGCCAGUUCACCAUCACGAGCGCGCAGCCGAACUCGCAGAUGCCGUACAGCAUGCAGAGCACACAGGCCAGUGCAUCCUCCAGUCCCUUCAGUGUGGGCAAGGCCCAGGGCAACUCACAGCAGCAGCAGCAGCAGCACCAGUUUACUGUGUCUGGUACUCAGAAGAGCCCCCAGGGGCAGGACUCGCAGUCGAGCACCCCUCCCCACUACGGCAUGGCCAGUGCACAGCAGGCGCAUGCGCAGAGCACGCCGCCGUACGUGCUGCCGGAUUCGCCACCACGCAGCACCAAGAAGCCCAAGAUGUACGUGCCGGCGAGCGGAGCACAGGGACAGUUUUCGGUGGCCGACUCGCCGACCAGCAGCCAGAGCGGCUACAGCAUCCCGAACACACAGGCGGCGGCCGAGGGCACGUACAGCGUCCCGAGCGUGCAGUCGGACGCGCUGAGCGCGCAGCCUUACAAGAUGGCAGAGGCGGCGCCCUACGGCAUGCCCAACUCGCACGGGCAGACGGCCGCGCGGGGCAUGUACGACAUGCCAGGCGCACGCGGCCGCUACGGGAUGGGCAGGACGCACACGGCGCACGCCAGCGCGGUGCAGCCUUACGCUAUCCCGCACUCGCAGGCCACGCCGCAGAACCAAUUUGGAGUUGGUGGAGCGCAAGCUGGUGGACACGGCAAUCAAGCCUAUGGCUUGGGGCCAUCCCAGCCCGGUGGCAGCACACGGAUGUACCAAUCCUCGGGCACCAAAAUGGGCUACGGAGAGCAGCCUGGCGGCUCCUACGGGCAGUACCCGACCACGGCAUUUGGCACGCACGCGCCAAGCGCACCGGGACACGCGCACAACCCCGGCACGCCCACGCACACCACCCCGACGCCGGCGGAGCCCUUCGACUCGCAGCUUGGCGGUGCCGAUGGCAGCCGGGAGCCAUCGGAGCCGGUGGGGCGUGACGGCGGGCCCGACGACAAGCUGCACUUUAACAUGCAGGGCAACGCCGACGAUCUCAGCCAGUCCUUCCGUAGCCUCUACCGCAAUGUUUUUCAGGGGAUGAUAAACCCAGCGGCACAAGGCGGCGUUGGCGAUGGAGCAGGCAGCGCGCCAUCGGCCGAGCACUUGGGCCACGCCACCCACCAGGCCGUGACGCACCCCACGCCACGCCUCUCCCACCAGGGACCCACCGGCUGCCCGUAUGGGACCAACGCGGGUCACGCCGCACAGGGUGUUGGCAACGGAGGCCCACUACCGAGUCCCGGGCUCUGGUCUAACCUGGACCUGCUGAAGGAGAGCUGUCGACGAGCAUCCAGUUUCAAUUGGGCCGAAGUGGACAUGUCCCAGUAUCAAGAGUUGCUGGAGAGCAUGCGGCGGGCAGACAUGAACAACUGGUGCCUGGACACAAGCCAACUGGCCGACCUGUGCUCCUCCCUGGGACACUUCUUCUCCCAGACUGGGCUCUUCCAGCCAGUUGGCCGAGACCAGCUGCCAAGUGCCCCUUCACGUGCAAUGUAUGGAACACCUGGAAACAUGGUGGGGGCCUCGGGCUAUCCACACCUCACUGCGCCGAGCAACGCAAACGCUCACCCAGGCCAACCCCCGCCCUUGUACCACCUACCACUGCCACAGCGACGCAUCAGCCAAGAGGAGAUAGAGAACGACUUUGACUGGGAUUCCAUUGUGUGAGGCCUGCGUGGCGAGCGGGAUGGCCUGAGUGGAUGAGCGCCGCCCCACACAAGCAAACUUGAAAACUGUAAACUCUACAAAACACUUUUCUGAGAAGGUGGAUAGGAAUUUUAGUUGAACAUCCUACCUUCAUGCAGUUGGCACAUGGUAAAUGUACCAACUAAAAAAAAAAACAGAAAUGUCUUAAAUAUGGAAGUAAGUUUUACACACUGGGGCACAAUGACAUUAAGGUGGUGGGAAAAGAAACACAUUUGGGAUGGGUUCUUUUUGCACAUUAAAUAUGGGAAACUGUGGAAAUGAAAAUGUUUUUAUUCUUUAAAGAUACGUUUAUAAACGUAUCUUAAAAAACAAGUAUUACAAACACCUGGUCCAAAGGGAUGUCUGUAAUAAAGUUCAAAAUUACGUCCCCUGAGCGUGCCAAUAAGAAAGAUACAGUAAUAUAAACGAAAUAUGUUAUAGUAAUAUAAAAUCUAUUAAUUUCUAUAUAUGAACAUAGUUGAAUAUAUAUGUGGAUGCAUAAAAAUAAAGCGUUGGGCAACGAGAGGUGGGGCAAUGUGAGCGGCACGUCGACACCACAGUUUCGGCACUUAGCCACCUCCUCCGCUGCCACCGCCACCAGACAAACCCAUAAUUGCGUUCUGGAGGGUUUUUGUCCACAGACAAUCAUUUUAAAUGUUUUAUAGACGCGAGGUUAAAUGUGCACAAAGUGUAGUAGAUUGGUUUGAAGAGAAAAUCAAGGAUACAGUUCAAAGUGGGCCCUGUUUUUUGUAGAUGAUGCACAAAGCUUGUCCCUCCGCUCCUUCCAGGUGCUGCUGCCACACUCGUCAAUUUAUUUUUUUUGUUUUUUGGAAAACGAGCUUGGGGCUCAACAUUAUUUUUCAAAACAAACUGCCAUGCUUCUUCUUGGGAGCAGAAAACUUGUGCAAAUACAUAUUUUAAAUGGUCAAAAAAAUAUAUAUUUAGAGGGUUGAAAAGAUGUGUGGCUUUGGCGUGGGUUGGGAGCGAGCUGGGGGCAUCGUUGUACCCCGCACGGUGCUACAAGGGCCGCGCGGCCUCACGGCAUGUGUGACUAUCGAACGUUUCAUACCGUUUUGAUACAAGACUUGAUAUUGAUGUACUAUCAAUUGAAUUAUUUCCACAUUAUUGGAAUCGAUAUUUUUUUACCCAUUUGGCCAAAUUCGGAUUGUCAAUUUGAUCAUGUACAUACCCAAAAAUAUAAUGCUUAAAAGCGUAAUGUGAACUUUUAACCCCCUGGUAACAUCUGCUUUGAGGCUUUUGUAGUUUUUUUUUCCCCCUUAGAUUUUUAAAAUUAUUGUGAAUGAUUUAAGUUUUUUUUAAUUAAAACAUGCCAGCGAUAGACCUCAGUCUUAGCAGAUUUUGUUGCUGGGGUGAAUGCUUUGUUUAACGUACAGUGAAAUUAUUGAUAUCGCAUCGAUAUUGUGGUACAUCGCUUGAUAUCGUAUCGAUAUAGUGCGGAGCGCAGGAAUGAGAAAUCUCACAUCCGUGGUGGUGGUGGCAUGUCAGCUCACGGGUGGCGCGAUGGCAGGGCUGGAAUGUUGUGUGUGAUGGAGUUUUUACAGUUUGGAAUGGGUGGGGAGUAGAGGUGUAGCUGUAAUCGGGGAAGGGACGGGCGGUCCAUGAGGGAGUGCAGUACUUUGAUGCCGCCUUCCCUUUGCCGGCCCUGUGAGCCCGUCUACCUUGUCCACCCCAGGGGCGGCGUGGCGUGGUGGACACACCAAGGAGCCCCACGGUGCCAUGGGCCCUAUGGCUCUCCCUCGGGCCAGCAGCUGCCCGCCCAGCUAUGUGCUGCUGGCGACGCAGUUCGCGUGACAGUGCGAGCUCACGAUAAUGAGUCUGUGCUUUUGUAUUACUGAUGUAAGUGGUCUGUGUGGUCAUGACGUGAUGAUGCUAGCCAUGCGGUAGCGUAACGCAUUGUCAAUUAUGUAAACCUUUUUGCAUUUUUUUAACGGUCAUUUUUACGUACGUUGCCCCACAAUGCUUUGCAUUGUAUGCUAAUGAGCUGGCUAUUUUCCUCGUUGAUUGGCUGAAAGAUUGCUGUGUGUUUGUGGCGUGAUGUGUUAAUUAUCGUGCAAAUUAAAGCAACAAUUACUGCCUUAAUUGCUUAAUUUGCAUAAAACACUAUAGGCACUUUGCUUUGUACUUACCGCCAGUAAAAACGUAUCUUAUUGGUCAGCACUUAACCUUUUUACAGUAAAACCGUUUAUGAUUGGUUAGGAAGGCGGCAUCGACUCUAAAAUAUUGGGAUGUAAUGGAAAAAUGAGGCUUAAUAGUUUAAUACUUCUUAUAAGAUCAUUAAAUCACAAAUUACUGUAGAUGGGCAUGAAAAUGUUUACAUUUUAGCAGCUGUAAGGCGACUGGGUUCUGUGCCAUUUGAGAUGAACCUUGGCGACGUAGGAAGCGCCAUCAGAGUCUUACAGCCCAAAUCCCUUUUGUAAAUUUUCUCUUCAGUUUUUAACGCUUAAUGCAAUAUAAUGAAUAUACAAUUAAUAAAUUGCAUGUAAGUUCCUAUUUAUUUUUUUGUUAAUUUUCAUAUUUCAAUGAGACCAUGGUUUUACUGUAAAAUAGAUUUUGACCAAUCACAAACGGUUUUACUAGAUAUAUAAAACAUCCUUAUGUGUAUAUAUUAAACUUACAGUUUUUUGUGUGUACAUAUAUUUAUACAUAUGUGUUUAAGCUUUAAGUGUCAUAUACUAUCAUAAUAAAAAAUAAGAAUUAUAAGAAAAAAAAUGAUUAAUUAUCGUUCGGCUUGUUAGCGCUUUGAGAAUGGCGCCAUUGGGUUGAUUUUUUUGUAAAUUUUUACGGAAUUUAUUGUCGUGACAGGCACUGACACAGCGGUGACCCUUGGAAGUAUGUAGUGUAACGGUGCGUGGUGCUUAGAGCUUCUGUGUGGUGUCUGUGGCCUACAACCCAAACGCUCCCGCUCUGCCUUGUGUACACAGCUGUGCAACUUCACCGCAAAUACUAUUUACAUGCAAACCUAAAUCCCGAGGUAUCGUACACACAGUACACAUAGUUGUAAUGUAUAUGUGAUUGUGUGUAUAUGUAUAUACAGUGUGUGUGUGUCUACAUAUUUAGUACAGACACGUGCGUAUUUAUGUAAUGCACACACACAAACACUUGGUAGGCCAUAAGGUAACAGCAGAAUAAGUAUAAUGUAUGUCGGGUUGAAACCCAACCCCGUCUGGUGUCUGACCCCAGCUGUUGCUCGAUAUAGUCCUGUCCCUGGUUCUUUAACUUUUGUUUAUAUCGUAUGUAUUUUAACAGCUUUCCAUGUCAGACUUGUGUGGUAUAGCGGCUUGAUACUGUUGAAGCAAUAAACGGUGUUUGUAAGGA